CAACAACAACAAUAACAAACUCCGCAAAGUGAUGAGCUUCAUUAAACAAUUUGCCUCAACGACUGUCGGCAUGAUGGCCAUCGCCAUCGGAUCCACGGCUGUCGUAUAUUGCACCACUCGUUUUUUAAUUAAACCGUAUCAGAGUAAAAAGCAACGUUUGGAAGCCGAAGCCUGUGCGGAGUAUAUAUUUCAGCAGGAAUCCCAGAAGCGUGGAUAGAUCAAAUAGAUGGCGCACUUGUCAACUGUUCCAGAUCUUUAUAAUAGUUUUUUCCUAUAUUUACACAUACAUUUAUAAAUAGUAACGUAGAUAAUAGAUUUCAAUGGAAAAAAUAAUUUGGGCAACUGAAAUUUUGAACUUGUAUAUCUUCAAUUUGCAUUAGAUUAUCAGCAUAUUGCCUUCUUUUUACUAGCAUACAACAUUUGUCUUUUGCAAUUUUUACGAUCGGUCGAUAAUAUUGUUAAACAACAAAAAAAAAAAUACGCUUUAAGUUGAAGAACCAUGGAAUUUUAGUGAAAGAUUUAUAAAAUGAAUUGGAAUAAUGAAUGAUUAACUAAUA